AUGGAAUACCCAACAAUAAAAGCCCAUCACAUUCAAAACGUUUUUUGGUGGAGUGACAACGAGUCAACGUGGGAGAAGAAAGAAGACUUGGAAAAUAGCGAAUACAAGCCACUCAUUACAAAGUAUACCAAGGAGUUUUCACACUCGGACAUUCCCCUUAAAAUUAUAGGUAAAUCACUUCUCAAUGACACGCUAUUUGUUCGGUGGAGAGACGGGUCUUAUCAAUUCACCUCUGAUGUCGGUUUAAUAUAUGACUAUCCCGAGUUAUGCAUUUAA